AUGGCCAUGGAAGAACGCAUAGCCGAGUCGGAGAGGAUAGCAGAAGAAGCUAUGGCUGAAGUGGUGAGGACAAUAUUUAGGAAGCGCCUCCUGUCCGAGCCUGGCCCUAUUCCCAACUACUUCGGCCCGCUGACGCCUGAUUCCAGCGAAACCCAUUCCGCCCCGUCUGAGGAUAAAGAAGAUGACCUUUUCUCCCAACUCAUGACUCAUCGUUACAACGGCGAAGAAGAUGAUGACUGCUGCAUAUGUCUCGAGUGUCUGCACCGUGGCCUCGUAGCGACUCUGCAUUGUCGCCACGAGUUUCACGGCUGCUGCAUAGGGAGGUGGCUCAACCGUGGCAAGAAUUUCUGCCCCCUCUGCAAAGCUAGGGCUUUUAAUUAA